CCUACUUUCACCAGGGCUUUGAUCCUUGCUCAUGCUUGUCGACAGCUUCGGUCUGGGUCAUGGACAGCGUGGUUUCUAGCUAGGCUGUAUCGCGAUGUUCCUUCUCCUUCUUUCAUUCUUGUCCCCGUUCUUUUCGUCGUCCGAUUCUGUGAAAUAUGGUGGAGGUUCUUGGUCCUCUGUCUGCUCGUCCGCCUACUCCACCUAGGACAUCAUCUCGUAUGCUGUCUGAAAAUGAUCGAACUGAAGAUUCUCCGGUUGUUGUACACACGCCACGCGACUCUCCCUUUUCCGUCAAUGGCUCAACUGGUGUUCCGUCAAGUCGACAAUCCAAGCGCGUGAACUUCUCACCAUGGACAAGAUACAUCAAACCUCCCUCGUUCACCAAUUCCGCCGCGAAAUCCAAAUCUGACCUCAAGUCCCUGCCUCCCUCGAACGAAUGCAAACCUACAAAAUCUAUCCUCAAACCGACCACAUCUCACUCUGCUACCAAUUCGCCGUCUGCUGAACCUCAAGCUCCCAUUUCCUUCGCCAUGCUUCUAGAGUCGAUCUUACAACAGCUCGCUGGAGAGGCUGUCAGUUCAAGGCUCGACGCCUACAUGCAGUUCUUCGGGGCCCUGAGAGCAUAUGACAAUCUGCCUGGUGAUCAAGAAAUCAUAGCGAGGUUGGGCUUGAUCACUCAAUUCAUACAUCGGGACGUUAGCCGGGACUUGACAACCGGCGGACCGCUACAUACCAACCUUGUAAUACAGGCCCUUAAGUUGGCUGUUGCACUGGUCUGGCAUAGUGAGAUCUCUGCGCGUCUGCCAGAUGACUUCAAGACUUUUCUCGUCGAUCAUUCCGUCAACUGCCUACAAGAUGUGAAGAUGCCAAAGUCUGUGGUAACUCACUACUUGUCCGUAUUGUCAACCCAGAACUUUAACGCCAAGGUCAUGACGAACACGCGAAUAAUACGCAUUUUGACGGUUCUCCAUGAAUUGACUAAUCGCGUCACUGGAAGCGCAAUUGUGUCCCAGCGUUUAAGCAUCUAUCUUCGUGUCCUCAACCAAUCUAAGAUGAUCUUCGUCUCAAAUGCAUCCCUGUGGAUGGAUCAUCUCAUAUCCGGCUUGCUACACCAUGUCAAAGAUAUCAGGAUCAAGGCUAUUUCGGUGGGCUUUCAGACCGCUAUAGCGUGCGGACCGAACCCAACCUUGUCGAAAUGCGUCCGUGAGGUCUUCAGCAGACCUCUCGAUGAGCGGAGGAAGCUUGUGACGGAAGUUUGCGAGCGAAUGACGCGCAUGAUGGCACUUUCUGAUUGCGGAGUCCACAUACCUCAGAUAUGGAGUGUGAUUAUUCUACUCCUGCGCAGCAAAAAGUUCAACGUCGAUCAGUGGGAGCAUUUCAAAGAAUGGGUCCUUGUGCUGCAGAGAUGCUUCAAUUGCAGUGAUUCUGCAAUCAAAGCGCAGGCCAUCGUUGGCUGGAAUCGGUUUGUUUAUGUCGUCAGUCCCAGCGACACAACAAGCCCUUCGUUAUUGCGGAUGCUGAGCAAGCCCAUCGUCUCUCAGUUCGAUCGGAAGAAGCAAGACAAACAACCCAGUCAGCUAGCCUUGUGCAGCUACUAUAAUCUUCUUUAUUACGCCUUCCGUCCCUCGGCAUCAUUUCAGCAUCUUGAUGUCGUCUGGGAAGAAUAUGUCGCUUCACCGGCUUCGAGCAUCUUUUCGUCUGUACCCAGUCUCAGCGACAGGGUAGCCCACGUUCUAUCCAAUAUGCUCUGGAGCCCUCAAGCGAAGGUUUGGUUGGAGAACAAGGUCAAUGAGAGCAACAAGCUGGACCCUGAAGAAUUGCCAUCCAUUGACAGUAGGUGGAUUCGGUCGAGGAUAACAUCGGUUUUGAGCGUUUUUGAGGAGAUCUUCAAGUCUUCUGUCUGGAAUCCCGAUAUUGAGCGGUCGAAUAUUGCUACAGCCUGGAUCGGCUUGUCCAAGGCCUUGUCACAUGCGUCGAGCAAAGAGAUUACGCCCACGCCAGAAUCGAUGCAAGCUGUAGCACACGUGCUUGGCCUUCUUCAGCGCCUCUGGAACGCCGGGCCCUCAUCGCUCAAUGCGGCUAUCGAGAAGAACUCAACGGAUGCCUUCUAUGACCAGUUCAGCUUUCUUGCCACCACUAUGAUCUACAGUCUUGGUAGCGCACGGUUUACCGAGAAAUUACUCCUCAAGACAGCCGAUGAGACUUUCCAGGCUGCUACUACGCCUACGCAUCGUCAUCAAAAGGCCCAUACAAGUCUAGACAGUCCCAUCCUACAUUUUCUUCGAUUUAUCAGUGAACUACCUGGUCAUUCGAGGCCUUCCCCGUCAUAUUCGCGCCUCGUUACCCGUGUUCUGGAAGCUACUUGCAGUGACAAGCUAUCAAGGAGCUCACGUCUGGAAUUCUUUAGCCAAUGCGCAGAUAUACAUGUGUUUGAUGCGGCUGCUCAUAUUGGCGAUGAUAGUCUAGCUGAAACCGUGUGGAGGUCUGUGGCACAGCUGUCUGCAAGCUCUUUAUCCUCUUUCCCUAUGGAGACGGCUCGCGAACGUGACGGCUCAGUUUGCCGUGACUAUGAGAACAUUGUUAACAUCCUUUCUGCCGGCUUGAAGUUCUCCGACGUGUUCGAAGUCUGGAAUCCGCUUGUUGAUUCUCUUAUCCGCGUCGUGAGAACCGAAAAGGGUGAUCGGGCUAUUUCCACCAUGGCCAUGGAACCUCUUGCCGCAUCUAUCAUAGAACAAGGGACACGGAAUACCUGCAAGCCCUCCGCAUCACUCUUGAAACUCUCGCUCUCAAUUCCUUACGGCCACGAGGCGGAGACGGCAAAAGGAACUCAUGAAAUGGCCUUCCCUCACAAGCUGAUCGAACUCGUGGAUAAGACUCUUCGUCAGUCGUACGAAAGCUUUGAUCCUGUCGAACCAAACGGCAUUGCAGAUUUCAUCGAGUGCCUGACGUCUCUACUGGGAUCGGGUGUACCUACUUUCCGUACAGCAAUGCUCACACACCUCCAGCAGUCCCUUGCAUUUUAUCUCAAAGACGGGGAGCGCAAGAUAAACGCCGAGAGUGGCGUGGAAAGCAGAAUCCUUACUGCUUGUCGCGCGCUGUCGUCAGCCGUCUUGAACAUCUUGCAAGCAGCACAACCUCACGACGCCUUCUGUGUACAAAAGUUCGAGCCUAUAAUCUGUGCGGGUCUUGAGUCCACACAUGCCUCUGUAACAAAACGAUUCCUUGACUUCUGGCGUUGUUCGUUUGGAUCACAAGAGUCCUUGCCCUGCCCCGAGACGAUAUCUCGCGCGCUACACGAUAUUGAAGUCCAGAUGAAGCUUCAGCAGCCGCAUGGUCAUCGGCAAAAUUUACAGUCCGAGGCACAAUCUGAUCGUCAAGACGCAAAGGCCAUUCCAGUCGAUACAUCGGUCAAGUCUCGCAUUGCUUUCAUACUUGAUGAUCCAUUCACAUUGGGGCUGAACUCGUCGCCUAUAACCGGAGGGUCUGAGCGUAAAGCCAUGCCUACGUCUUCGGAGAAGCAGACCGGACAUUCAGCAGGCCAAGUAUCUCAAAUCGACGAUGACUCUGAUCCGGAUGUGGCCACGGGUCAUUCGAUGCCCCUCCCGACGGGAUCGGGAGACCCUAGGAAGCGUAGCGAGUUGUUUUCGAUCAUUGAAAGCCUUCGUUCGUCUUCACCUCCGACGAAUACUCCAAGAGAACUUGGUUUCAUGACGCCCCCGCACUUGCGCGACCUGCGCAACGCGGAUGCCGACGCCGGGACUCCACAAACCCCGACCCUACCACCUGUCGCCACUGACAAUGAAUAUGGGUUUCUCGGUUCUUCCCCUACGCCGGGUACUCGAAGCCGAACGCAAUUGAGCGAACCCGAGAUACCUCAGUCGCUGUCGACUCCAGCAGCAGAAGAGUCUGUUCUAGAAAACGAACUUCAAUCCUCCCCUCCAAAGCUGAAAUCGACCAGUCCUGAACCUCGAAGUAACACAGGAAACAUGGCCACACCAGGAUCAGGGAACACUACGUCGAGCAGGAGCAGAAGAUCGAAGAGGAGGGCCCGGCGUUCGUCAAGGCAGAAGAAGUUGAUUCAGAGGAGCCACUGACAAAGCGUCUCCGUUCAUCGACAGGCAAAUUGCCAGAAGACAAAAGUCUCUCCACUGAAGACAGGCAAUCGAAGGAUUCGUCAAAGGAUGGUCCUCGUGACGCCGGGCUUUCCCAAGACCCUGUUAC